CACAACGUAUUCACAUAAAUCAUUCGCCUUUGUCCAACGUACUAUACACCCAAUAUAAAAGAAAUUAUGAAUUAGAUAUUGUGAAAAGUGAAAAAACAUCGCGAAACCUCUUCGUGCUGCUAAACAAUUCAAUGUGUAGUAGAAACAUUGUUAUAACAAAAGCAUUUAUGCGCUCAAGAAUUCAAUAACGCGACUUAGAAGCACAACAAACAGACGAGGCUGCCAUCAUAGAGCACCGCCGGCAUCGAUGCUGGGCCAAAUUAUGGACGCGCCUCAGUUGUUCGGCUUAAGCGAAACGGUACGGUCCACACAACAUACGCGGAGAACUCCAAAGAAUCGGGCGGCGAAUACACAACAUUAAAAUUCACACCUGUAUACAUGUUAUAAUUACAUAUACACAUCGGUUUUGUUGUUGCUGGUAGAUUGUGCGAAACAUAGCGAUUUGUUAUUUAUGAUCACUGAUGGUCAAUUAUGACGCUUCUUCGUCCAAAGUGUUACAACAAAGCAUGAAGCGCGCAUGCCCGUACGUUGACAGCCGUUAGAAGAGAACAACAACACGAAACAAGCUAAAAAAGUGUACACAAAGGCGGCGCGCCAAACAAAAGCAUUGCGCGAUCUAAUAGAAAAACUAACGGUCAGAAGGUUAUUUGAAUAGAAAAAGUGGCACAGUGAACAAUAAACAGAAAACAGAAGCAGACCCAAAUACGUGUUUGUUUUUGUGGAGUACACGUCUUAAACUGAUAUCAUUUAACAUUUAUGUCCUCCACACAUACGCUUGCAAAAUAAAUAAUAUGUGUGAAGUUUUAAAAAACAAAAGCUGCUAUUUAUUGCACAUCCUCUUGUUCGUCACAUACUGUGCCGAGGCACAGACAGCGGAUUACCCACCUAGGAGCGCGCACAGCAGUUCCACGGACGCCGAUACGGAGCACAUGGCUAUAGCUUUGCCGAAAGGCUUCCGGCCACAGGCGCCACCCUUCAAACCAAUGCUUCUACCCUUUGCUACGCCGGCGCCUAGUAGUCCCUUCGGCGGCUGGAAACCAAUAGUUGGUGUUGCCAACGCGCCAACUUACCGCAAUACAAUGCCACCGCCAACACCGCUGGCGCCACCGCCACUUGCCGUGCUGCAAGAUCGCAUGGAUACGACGUCACAAGAGCAAAACAUCGCCGGACCACUGCUGGAGUCGAUUGUUUAUGGUACUUGGAAGCCAGAACGGCCAUUGGGACCUAACGAAACGCCAGCGCCCACCAGGCGCGUCACUACUCCUGCGACAGUGAUUCACAAUCGUAAAGGGCAACCACCUAACGCAAUCGAGGAACUAGGUGUUCAACAUCCCAUCGUGAACGCGCAACCUGACGUUAAUGAUGUAAUAUUGUUUCUGAAAAAUGGAAGUAGACGGGUUGCGGGAACCCGUGCACCUCACACCACCACAGUGCCGACUGAAUUCAUCAACGUCAAUAUAUCCGAUCCGCGUCUGCGGGAAAUGGCGAAACAGAUAAAUGAUUCGUUUGGUGGAAUUGCAGCAUACACACACAAACCCAAAAAACCCACAUUACACGAACAACGCGAAGAUACCACACAGGAUGUCGGCAUUGAAAAUGAGAGCGCUGCGGAUGGGGAAACGGAAGCGGAAACAGAAAAUUUGGCAUUAGAUGUUAGUAAAGUGUGGCCAACAGAUUUCAUUGUUUCCGUGGAAAAGAACAGCAACCAGAACUCUACACCCACUAUAAGUAAUAGGCUUUCUGCUGCCAAAUCAGAUGAAAUGACAGAGUCAUUGAAUGGUUUAAACCUACCGAAUGCGCUGUUACCGCAGAUUUCGCUCAACAUAACGAAAGUGGGUGUACCGUACGAGAAACAGAGCUCAGCCGAGAACCCCACCAUUUGUGUACCGCUUACCGUACUUGAGCAGUUAAACCAAGUAGAGGUACUGGAGGUGGAACGGGUAUAUUGCUUCCCGCUACCGCCUACACACACACGACAUACAGGAACCCCUAAGCCGAAAGUUGCAAUAGCGAAAGUAGAGAAUUUUACAGAAUACGAAGCCAUAAAUGCGUCAAAUAUGUUGAAUUGGAAUUCUGUAAUGUUAACGAGUUUGUUAAUAUUUAAUUUUAUAAAGUUGAAGUAUUCUUGAAAAAGAAAUAACUAUAUAUGCAUGUUUUUUUAUAAAUUUACUAAGUUAUCUUAUUAUCUGUUAGGUUUAUAUAUCAAGGUUAGGGUUUAAGCCAUUCUGUACAUGUAUUUGAAUUUUGGGAAAGGUGACAGUGCUUACUUUCGGUGAAAAUUACUUGAGCAGCCCCUAUUUAGCUAAUAUUAUAAUUAGUUACACUCUGUUGGGUCUGUCAUAGUCGGAUAAAACCCACUGAAAAAGAAG